UGCUAGUGGUGUGGGUGGCAAUGAACAUGCUGGCAGACACCUUUGCAGCCAUGGACAUCUUUCCCAGCGAGGUGCAGCUGCUCCUUCUCUCAACUCCUCUCCCCUUCUGCCCUCUCAUCCCCCUUGCACCCUCAUCCCCCUUGCACCCUCAUCCCCCUUUGCAGCCACGGACAUCUCUCUCCUUGCACCAGCUGUUUCUCAACCCUCCCCCCCUUCUCCCUCUCCCUCUCAACCCCAGCUGCUCCUUCUCUCAACCCCUCUCCCCUUCUGCCCUCCCAUUUCCCUCUCUCUCCCACCUCCCUCUCCCUCUUCCCCCACUCUCCUCUCCCUCUUCCCCCCCAGGUGUUCCCCUUCUGUUCAUCAUAAUUCUCAUCGUGUGGGUGACGAUGAACAUGCUGGCAGACACCUUUGCAGCCAUGGACAUUUUCCUUAUUGAGGUGCAGCUGCUCGCCAUGGUCGCCAACUUCAACCUCAACUUCCCCGCCUCCUGGGUCAAGACCGUCGUGCUGCUAUACAACAUCGCUGCGUUUGAUCCCGUGAGUUUUCCUGCCGUUGUCACUGUGAGUGGCUCUCAAAGAUGGGUCAAGUCAAGACUGUCGUAA